AAAUAAAUAAGCUUGACAAUAAACUGCUGGUUGCCGGAGCUUAAUGAUGCGAAGUUGUCAACACGUCAUCUGCAACUAUAUCUGAAGUAAUUGUUUUGUGAGAAAGGAUACUUGAAUACGCAUUAAAAAUAAAAAAUCUACAAAAGCAAAGCUUACUCACAUCACGGACAAGAACUUUGGUCGAUGCCCAAAACAACUUAAAUAUCACGCAGGCAGUUUUAUCGCUUCAAACUGCAGGUCGCACACAAAAGUCCAUUCCGUAAUAAUUUCAACUUCAACGGUCUAAUCUUCUGUUGAUACUCAUUAAAAGCGUCGGUAACUCCUUAACCGACAACACGUGAAACGUUUUUAGUAUUCAGCAUAAGAAGCAAGCUCGACAACAAUGCUCAUUCCCGUUUACGAUCACUAUAAAUCAAUCAUACAGCUGGUGAAUGCCGCUUCAACGGGACAGAAAACUUCAUAUCUUUCACUGUUUCGCUGUGACUCAAUCGACUGACGCGUCUGUGGAAUCCCAUGAGUUUAAGCCGACGCAAUGGCCAAUGACAAUUACGCAGUGGUCGAUGCUCAUUAGCCGCUGCCGAGGCGGGUUCAUGUAUCAUGUAUCGCGCGUCUCGCCGCUGGACGGGACAAUAAAGCAAUCAAUCGACACCGCCGCAAACGAGCUGCCGCAACGCCGACCGCCGAUAUCCGCCCGCCUGAUGACACGUGUGAUACACAUAGGUACUGCGAAAUCUUACGUAAAAAAAAGGGUGAACACGUAUACUAUGGUGGCCCAUGCUGGGAUCAUGGUCGCGGAGAGAGUAGUCAUAUCUCCUAGUGUGAUCCAGCGCUCAAAUCUAUGGCUCGGUCGAGGCUCCAUGUUUGUUCUGUCGGAAGAGCAAGCGCGCAGAAUGCUGCGGCCUGCGAGGAGUUCUAGCGAGGGUACAGGCGCGGUGGUGGACAUCGGAGCUGGCGAUGGCGAAGUCAGCCACCGACUCGCUCGCCUCUACUCCGACAGAUAUGCCACUGAAAUCUCAGCUAGCAUGAGGAAAGCGCUCUCUAGCAAAGGAUACACGUUACUAGACACUGAAGACUGGUGGCGCGAGAAGCAGUUCGACUGCGUCUGCAUGAUGAACCUGUUGGACCGCUGCAGUAAGCCGAUGACCAUGCUGCGACAGGCCAAGACCGCCAUAGCGCCGGGCGGGGUGCUACUCCUGGCGUUGGUACUGCCAUACAAACCUUAUGUCGAAGGGGCCACAUUCGAGGAACAACUCGCCUCGUUCAUAACAUUUAUGGCGACAGCCGGGUUCGAAAUGAAGUCUUGGGCUCGCGUGCCUUACCUCUGCGAGGGAGACUUCGCUCAGGCGUAUUACUGGCUCGACGAUUCUGUUUAUGUAUUUACUCCUACUACUAUAGAAGCGAGUGUUUGA